GUCCAAAGAACUGAUUAAGGAAGCGAUCCUGGAUAAUGACUUCAUGAAAAAUCUGGAGUUGUCUCAGAUUCAAGAAAUUGUAGACUGCAUGUACCCAGUAGAAUAUGCCAAGGACAGCUGUAUUAUCAAAGAGGGUGAUGUGGGAUCUCUGGUUUAUGUAAUGGAAGACGGCAAGGUUGAAGUGACAAAAGAAGGAGUGAAGCUGUGCACCAUGGGACCAGGCAAGGUGUUUGGUGAGCUUGCCAUCCUGUACAACUGUACCAGGACUGCCACAGUGAAAACUCUUACGAAUGUAAAACUCUGGGCCAUCGAUCGACAAUGUUUUCAGACAAUAAUGAUGAGGACAGGCCUAAUCAAGCAUGCCGAAUAUAUGGAAUUUCUAAAGAGUGUUCCAACAUUCCAGAACCUUUCAGAGGAAAUACUCAGCAAGCUAGCUGAUGUUCUUGAAGAGACAUAUUAUGAAGAUGGGGAGUACAUUAUUAGGCAAGGAGCUCGAGGGGACACUUUCUUCAUUAUUAGCAAGGGGAAGGUGAAUGUGACACGGGAAGAGUCAUCAAAUGAAGAAGCUGUAUUUCUUCGGACAUUAGGAAAGGGCGAUUGGUUUGGAGAAAAAGCUCUUCAGGGAGAGGAUGUGAGGACGGCUAAUGUGAUCGCAGCUGAAACAGUGACCUGUCUGGUGAUUGAUAGAGACUCAUUCAAGCACCUGAUCGGAGGCCUGGAAGAUGUUUCCAACAAAGCCUAUGAAGAUGCUGAAGCUAAAGCUAAAUAUGAAGCUGAGUCUGCCUUCUUUUCAAACCUGAAACUAUGUGAUUUUAACAUCAUUGAUACGCUGGGAGUUGGAGGAUUUGGAAGAGUUGAGCUGGUCCAAUUAAAGAGUGAGGAAUCCAAAACUUUUGCAAUGAAGAUCCUGAAGAAACGCCAUAUAGUAGACACACGGCAACAGGAACAUAUACGAUCAGAGAAACAGAUAAUGCAGGAGGCUCAUUCUGAUUUCAUUGUGAGGCUCUACAGGACAUUCAAGGACAGCAAAUAUCUGUACAUGCUAAUGGAGGCUUGCCUUGGUGGAGAGCUGUGGACAAUACUCAGGGACAGAUACAAAGAAGACAAUAUUAAAAGAGGUUCAUUUGAUGAUGCUACCACCCGUUUCUACACAGCCUGUGUGGUGGAAGCUUUUGCCUAUUUGCAUUCCAAAGGAAUUAUUUAUAGGGACCUCAAGCCAGAGAAUUUAAUCCUUGAUCAUCGGGGUUACGCUAAACUGGUGGACUUUGGGUUUGCCAAGAAGAUAGGGUUUGGGAAGAAAACAUGGACAUUCUGUGGGACUCCUGAAUAUGUGGCUCCAGAAAUCAUCUUGAACAAAGGCCAUGACAUAUCAGCAGAUUACUGGUCACUAGGAAUCCUUAUGUAUGAACUCCUGACUGGCAGCCCACCAUUCUCAGGUCCCGACCCCAUGAAGACAUAUAACAUCAUACUUCGUGGGAUUGACAUGAUUGAAUUUCCAAAGAAGAUUACCAAAAAUGCUGCUAACCUCAUCAAGAAACUAUGCAGGGACAAUCCUUCAGAAAGACUUGGGAACUUGAAAAAUGGAGUUAAAGAUAUUCAAAAGCACAAAUGGUUUGAAGGUUUUAACUGGGAAGGAUUAAGAAAAGGCACAUUAACACCUCCAAUCGUAUCCAGUGUCACAUCUCCAACAGACACAAGCAACUUUGACAGCUUCCCUGAAGACAAUGACGACCCACCUCCUGAUGACAACUCCGGAUGGGAUGCAGAUUUCUAAAUCUGUCCUGCAAACUUGCUUCUGCCUUGCCUAGGACAGCAUGUUGGUCAGAGGAAAGUGGAAAAGAGACUGCCAGUAAAUGGGAAAGAAAGCAGAAAGAGGAUUAGUGCUCUGGAUCACCAUGAUGCCUUGACUGAUGCCUGCCCCACUGACAAUGGCGGAAUUAGGAGCGACGCCGUUAGAUAAUUGCGAUGGUGUUCCUUUCAAAAAAGAAACACUCUAGAUCUGAAUCGAAAAGUAGCAACUUAGAUGGUGGUCCUAGAGCAACCUGUUUUAUUAGCAUACAUGUAAGGCUUUCCCUUCACUGAGGUGACUAUUGCUUUUGCUCCAGAGACCAAGUAAUACUCAAAAAAGGUUAUAAAAUGGGUCAUUUGAAACCAGUAAACUUAAGGGUUUUUUUCUAAUUAAAAUAAAAAGACAAAUGUAGGUAUUUAUUCAGGGGAUUUAUAUUCAGGGGACUAUGAUACUUACUAUAGAAUUGAAUUUGGGAUGUUCCCACUCAAGUGCAAGUACGCACAUCUGCGUGUGUGUGAGAGACAAGCGUGUGUAUGUAUCUCCACCCCCCUCCAAAAGGACCAUUAAACCUCACUUUUCACAUUAAGUCACUUUAUUCAUUAUUAGUCUGGAUACUACAUCUCUGUUCCAAUGAUAUAUUUAAUAGUGGCAUCAAUAUUUAUAUGCAUAAAGCACAAUUGCUGUUGCUAUUGGGACUUUGUUUCCACUCGAAUAUGAGUGCCUGCCUGAUCAAAUACUAUUAAAAUGGUCUCCUAUAAGUUGUAAAGGCCAAUACCUUUCUCUGUAUCACAAUGUAGAGAUACUGACAGUCAAAUACUGCCAGAAGAUGCAUUUUAAUAGUCAUCGUUUGUGUUUGACAUGCCACUGCAUUUAAAUGCUGGCUGAAAACUAUGGGCUCAUGGAACUGUGUCUAAUAAUUUGUUAUUACAGUUAGAUUUCUAAGUCAUGCUGCUCAAAGGUGUGUUUAUUUUAAAUCUAGCCUUUUAUUUAAGAUUUCCUUGAAUAGAAUUCUGACCUCCUUCCCAGUCAAAAGCUUCAAAAUGGAUCAAAUGUAAGUAAUGAACUUUUUUUGAAUCCAAGCCAAUAUCCCUCAAACAACAUCAGCAAACUAAUCAUCCAGUUGCAUAUCUCAUUGCUGUUUAGGACCAUGUUCUGCACAAAGUGUUGCAUUUCUACAUCAUUUCUUUUCAAAAUAUAUCUCUGAUUGACUGGAUGGUAGUUUUGGACAACCUGGGAUUUGGGCAGGACUUGUAUCAAAGUAAAAGGGGGUCAGUUAGCACAGUCGAUGAGACAGCUAGACACAGAGUAACACCAACAAGUGGGUUCAAUUCCUGCACUGGCUGAGGUUACCAUGAAGGACUCUCCUUCUCAACCUCUCGCCUUAUCUGAGUUGUGUGGUCCUCAGGUUAAAGCGCCACCAGUCGUUGCUCUCUUUCUCUCUCUCUCUCUCUCUCUCUCUCUCUCUCACACACGAAUAAAAGACCCAUUGGAACAUUGGACUAUGUGGACUUUACUUCAUCAGUGCAAUGUUUUUCUUCGUCUACUCUUCUGUGCUAUUGUAGAAUGACACCACUAAAGGGGACAAAGUGAGAAGUUGGUCACUACCAAUCAUCCACUAAUCUCACUAAUUACCUUACAUAUUAAUCACCCUCAAUACUAACAAGGUGUCACUUUGAAUUUAAUCUCAAGUCUUUAUUUAAGGGUAAAUGCUCUUUAGAAAAACAUGGAUGUAAUCCUUUAUAGCCCACAAUUCACCUGGGUAUUGCUUUGGAAGCCACCAUAAAAAUUCUUUAAGCUGUAGGUGUGAAAUGACCAACUCUCCUUUGGCAAUACAAAGUCCUGCAAAAUUAACGAAAAAGCCGAACAUAUUUUCUCAGUGCACAUUCCAAUAUUUAAAGAUGCCACACAUCUACCAAUCAUGAUUUUUUUAAAAAUCAGCAAUGUUUAAGUAUUUCUUGGGCUGUUUUCUUUAAUUAUGCUCUCUCUGUAUUGAUAAAUUCAUCAAGAGUGUCAGGGUUAUAAUGUAACUUCUAUUACUGGUGAAUUGUGAAAGAUGAGCAUAGAAAUAAUGGAGGGAGACCUGUAAAUACAAUGUGAAAGUGAAGGAGGAAACUCUGGAUACAAUCUCAUGUGAAGUAGCAACCAAAUACUGUGGGUCAAGAGGGUUUGUCAUAUUUGCAGCUUUGUAUUUUCAAAAUAUUGUAUCUACUGUUUUUAUUUAAUUGGACCACAAGCUCUAUAUUAUUGUAAAUAAGUUGAUCUGUUUUGGGUGUUGAGACUCUGUCUGUGAUUUAACCCCUUUUUUUUCUUUUUAGUUGACUUGAUGCAUUUUCCAUAUUAUAAAAGAGCCCAAUGCUGUUGAACUAACUGUAAGAUAAAGUCCAAAGGCUUUAUCUGCCUAAAACAAAUUCUAAUUUAAAGACCAUAGGUUAGACAAGCUUUGGCAUUGUCUCAAGUGCCUUAAAACACAUGGCAUCCAAACAAAUUUAUAAAUUUGGCCUUUUGCUGCGUAAAUUUAAAACAAAAACAAACAAAAAACCUCAAGGAUCAAUCCUUCUUAGCUGGCUUCUGUAUAAAUUCUCUGUUCUGUAAGGUUCAAUAGGCUUUUUUGUCAAUAUGAUGUACAAGUUACAGUAAAUAUCCUGUGAUACCAGAAGUUAUGUUCAGUUUUAGGGAGGCUGUGAGAAUGGUGAUGACAUAGUGCAUCAUUUCUGUGAAAUGUGUGCACAUGCAACAAAACAAAAGUCACAUGACCAUAACUACCAUUACUUUGGCUGACACAUGGAAGCCUAUCGUCUUUUAAUAUACCGGUGUUGCAAAAUGUUAGGGUAUAAGUAUCUCCUUAAUGUUGUCAAAUUACAAUGUGGCCCUGGUGAACAUUGUUCAAAAUCUUUCAGGAUAACUGUAAACUGUCUCAUCAGAGUACUGUGUUCAAGCAUUGGCUUAACAUAGCUGAUACCCACUUUUAAGAUCUAUAUUUCCCGUCUCUAUUUAACUCGAAGUUUAUCAUCAACUGUUCCAACUUACUGAACAUUUAUAAAUUUAUAUGAAGUAUUUGUUGGGAGUUGUUUCCAAUUUAGUCUUUUUUUUUCCUGUUUGGAUAGAUGAGCAUGGCGAAUUUGUCAAAAUGUAUAUUUUGUCACUGAAUGCUGUUCACAGGCUUGUUGCACUCCUUUGGUUGUAGAUUUUUAACUUUUACAUAUUUAAUUGUCCCUGAUUUUGUCUUGUAUCUCCCUGCAGCUGUCAAUGCAGAGUGCCUGUUAUAUACUUUCUAGAGCUAAAAUAAAGAUGAUUACUUUUGAACUA